AUGGGGGGAAAAGUGCAGAAGAAAAUUUCAGUUGAUUAUAGUCAAUCGUCGACACUUUUAGUGUGCUGGGAGGCGGCUUACGCCUCAGACAAAAUCGAGAAGACGUACCCAAAGAGUGCCUUAAGUGUCACGGGUUGUCAGCUGGCGUUCUCAGCAGGGGCACUCCGUGUGUGGGGGUCUCACAUUGCGGUUAUUAGUAAGUGGAAAGCUUGCAAGAAGGCUUAUUUGCCAACCAUAUCUAGAAUUUUAGGACAUCAGCUACAGGAGGCAACCCGUGGAGACUGCGGUAUAAAGGGCUGUUUCUUGGCAGAGUGGGGAGUAGGAGGGCGCAGCAGAGAGGAUCUUCACUGCCAGAGGGUCUGGUCUCUUUCCAGUGAGGGCAAACUCCAGGCUUAUGACCUUGAGGAGUCUACGGCUUCAGCUGUGCAGGCGCACAUCGCCCUGCCCGUGGAAGAUUCAAUCCUUGUAGCAGCGAUCUACAGCCUAGUUGGGGCUGGAACGGUUUUAUGUAUGGCUUUAGGCACUCGGGCUGGCUCUGUGUUCCUACUGGAACGUUUGUCAGAUCCGCCCAGCGGUACGUAUUCUCUCGAGAGCUGGGAUGUGUCUGCACAGGCACUUCAGGCUCACGCGGCCCCUGUAGAUGGAGCUGUGUGGAACUCCGAUGGCAGCCUUCUCGUUACUGCUGCAGCAAAUGGAUCUGCAUGUAUCUGGCAAGUCUAAUGUUUGAGUGCGCCUCCCCGUCAGGGACUAGUCUGUCAGAGGCGAUUUCAAGUGUGCGCAGAAGGGCCAAAAGAUUGCAACUACUUUGCUGCUGGUGGCCUAGGGGUAACUGCGCUCUGCUGGGAAUGGGGAAACCAAAGUGUUCUGCUGGCUGCUGGAGAAUGGAUCACUCUUACUAAGCUACAGCACUUUUGUAGGAAUGUCCAAUGCCAAGAAACGAACGGAGACAAGGCAGCAGAAAAUGCUGAAGUCAAGAGCUGGAAAGCGCAUCCGAGGGGCAUAACUAGUGCUGACUGGGCUCCUGUUUCAGCAGGAAUGAUAGUUUCCACGGGUUUGAACUUCGUUUUCGCGCUGCGGUGGGCCUCUGACAGUCUCCAGUUUGCAGCGGCCUGCGGGUCCUCCGGGUUUUAUUGCUUCAAAGUCAAGGUUAUAAGAAGAGACAGCUGGCGUUAUCGUACAACGAUGGAAGGUCACAAUAUUUUAAAAAUAGAGGUACGAUAG